AUGGCGGAAAGGGACGCUGAUUAUGCAUCACAGGCACUGCCAGGCAUUCCAAAUGAAAUUUUACUUCAAAUCUUAUCUUAUUUAUCAUUUCGAACGAUUCUGUAUGCUCGAGCUGUUUCUCGCUCAUGGCGUUUCCUCAUCCCACAAGCAAUUAGUCCAUUGUACCAAACACUUCUUUCAAAAUAUUUAUCAAGUUCCAUUCCAAUUCACCUACCAGAAUACCUUCAAGUCACAAUCGAUCAACGAAAAGCCUUCGUGGAGCAUAUUGAAACUACUUACAGCAUACGACUCCCGAAUGAAUUUCGCACGACUUUUUUAGAAUGGCCAUCCAGAUAUCCACUUCCAGGAAGUCAAUGGCCUGAUACAUUGUGUUGGUACACGAAUAAACAGUGCACACGGUGUUCAUUGGGAAACGAACUAUGUACCUGCUAUCAUCCUGAGUUGGUCGGUGACUAUGACAUAACACUAACACGGUCUGUAUUUUCAUCAAUUAUCAAUAAUCAACCAAUUCUAAUAUCUGAUGAACAUUCAUUUGCAUGGGAACUUUUCGAUAAUCCACCACGAAUGUCUGGCGAACAUAGUGAGAAACAAACAAAAAGAAUGAUUCGUUUGUAUGCCGAUACAAUGAAACAACGGCCAAAUUCAUCUCUUUGGGUGUCAUUAUACAUAAAAUGUUUGCCGUUAUGUCUGUAUAAUACCGAAGAAGAUGGAGAAGGGUGGUUUUGUUUGGUAUUAGGGGGCAAGGCAAAAGGUGAGAUACAUGGAUGGAAAGCUGGAUGGUAUGACGGAUGGGAAGCAAAUUCAUUUCUUGAAUUCCGUCCAAUAAUCAUACCUGCUUGA